AGUGCGCAUGCGCGUCGGUGGCCGAGGGGAACUAGGCGCACCGACUUGCAGCGUCGAGUUGGGGGAGCUGCUGGCGGGGAAUCCGGCAACUCCCUGGGCAGCUGACGGAGGCAGGCGGGCGGGUACUGAGAACCGAGCAGCGCCGAGCGUGGCCGGCAUUCCCAGCGGGUCUGUUACGGAGGUCGGUGGCCCCAGAGGGCGCCAGUCAGCUUUAAGAAAAUCAGAAGCCAUUAAUUUUGCUGAAUAAGUGGCUUCCUACACUGCAAACAUGACACUGCCGUUCCGGAAGGACUUAGAAAAGUACAAGGACCUUGACGAAGAUGAGCUCCUUGGCAAUCUGUCAGAAGUAGAACUGAAACAGCUGGAAACUGUUCUCGAUGAUCUUGAUCCUGAGAAUGCCCUCCUGCCUGCAGGGUUCCGACAGAAGAACCAGACUUCAAAGUCUGCCACCGGGCCGUUCGAUAGGGAGCACCUCCUUUCAUACCUGGAGAAGGAGGCACUGGAGCAUAAGGACAGGGAAGACUAUGUGCCCUACACUGGAGAAAAAAAAGGGAAAAUAUUUAUCCCUAAACAGAAACCUGUACAAGCUUUCACAGAGGAAAAGGUGUCUCUUGAUCCAGAAUUAGAAGAAGCUUUGACGAAUGCUUCUGAUACAGAGCUGUGUGAUAUUGCAGCUAUUCUUGGGAUGCACAAUUUGAUAACAAAUACACAAUUCUGUAAUAUAGUAAGAAGCAGUAAUGGUGUUGACCAAGAUCAUUUUUCAAAUGUGGUAAAAGGUGAAAAGAUUCUUCCAGUAUUUGAUGAACCACCAAAUCCUACCAACGUUGAAGAGAGUUUAAAGAGAAUUAAAGAAAAUGAUGCCCGUCUUGUUGAAGUUAAUUUGAAUAAUAUAAAGAAUAUUCCAAUUCCCACCCUCAAAGAUUUUGCCAAGGCUUUGGAAACCAGCACCCAUGUGAAAUAUUUCAGUCUUGCAGCCACCCGGAGCAAUGACCCUGUUGCUGUGGCUUUUGCAGAUAUGCUGAAAGUCAACAAAACUCUGAAGAGUUUAAAUAUGGAGUCCAAUUUUAUUACAGGAACUGGGAUUCUCGCUCUGCUUGAUGCUUUAAGAGAUAACGAAACCCUGGCAGAGCUCAAGGUUGACAACCAGAGGCAGCAGUUGGGGACAGCUGUGGAAUUGGAAAUGGCCAAGAUGCUUGAGGAAAAUACAAAUAUCCUUAAAUUUGGAUAUCAGUUUACACAGCAAGGACCCCGGACCAGGGCAGCUAAUGCCAUAACAAAAAACAAUGACUUAGUUCGCAAGAGACGAGUUGAAGGUGACCACCAAUAG